AUAAAUGCCGCAACUCAAAAACCUCUUCUGAGUCUAUCAAACGAUGUCGAAGUUUACGAUCCUUCUACUCUGUCUCGUUACAUUAUUCCUCUGCAAGAAGUCGUUUUCGGAUCAAAACGACGGCGUACCGAGGUUUCAGUCGCCACUUCUGGUCAAGAGGGAUCAACGGACGCCAGUCGUUGCGACGGAGUUCGGAGAGAUAUCAGCCGUCCAGAUCGGCGAUGGAUACCAUAUUCAGUUUAUAACAUUGGAGCCAAACGCACUCUUGCUUCCUAUUCUUCUCCAUUCCGACAUGGUUUUCUUCGUUCACACUGGGAGUGGGAUUCUGAAUUGGAUCGACGAGGAUAAAGAGAAGACGUUAGAAUUAAGACGAGGAGAUGUUUUUAGGCUACGUUCCGGUACGGUCUUCUACGUACAUAGCAACUUGGAGAGAGACGAAGUUCCUGAGAAACUUAGAGUUUACGCAAUCUUCGAUGUGGGCAAGUGUUUGAACGAUCCAUGUCUAGGAGCGUACUCGAGUGUUAGAGACUUGUUAUUGGGAUUUGACGAGAAAACUCUCCGGUCAGCUUUUGCGGUUCCUGAGGAGAUUUUGGGAAGGAUAAGAGAUGCGGCGAAGCCUCCGUUGAUCACAAAUGCUAUGCCGAGAAACAGAACACAAGGGUCGGAGGAAGAGGAGACGUGGCAGUCACGGCUUGUAAAACUCUUUGUAAGAGUUGAAGACGUGACUGAUCAUUUGGCGAUGAAACCGGUUGUUAAUAAAAAGAAGAAGAAAUCAAAAGCCUACAAUGUUUUUGAAGCUGACCCUGACUUUGAGAACGUCAAUGGCAAGAGCAUAGUGGUUGACAAGAAGGAUAUGAAGGCUUUAAAGGGUUCAAGUGUUGGAGUUUACAUGGUUAAUUUAACGAAGGGAUCAAUUUUAGGACCGCACUGGAACCCUAGUGCUUGUGAGAUAUCGAUUGUGUUACGAGGAAAAGGAAUGAUUCGAGUGGUUAACCAUCCGUCGCCGCAAAGCAACAGCAACAGCGAGAGUGAGAGGUUCAUGGUUGAGGAAGGAGAUGUUUUUGUUGUGCCGCAGUUUCAUCCUAUGGCUCAAAUGUCUUUUGAAAACAGCUCAUUCGUCUUUAUGGGGUUUAGCACCUCGGCGAAGCCAAACCACCCGCAGUUCCUAGUAGGGGAGAGCUCGGUUCUAAAGGUGUUUGACCGGAAGGUUCUUGCUACGUCUUUCAACGUGAGAAAGCAGACCAUCAAGAGAUUGUUGGGAGCUCAGAAAGAAGGAGUGAUGUUGGAGUGUGUGUCUUGUGCUGAGGUGGAGCUUUCUAGGCUUGUGAAGGAGAUUGAAGAGAGGAAGAGACGUGAGGAGGAAGAAAUUGAGAGAAGAAGGAAAGAAGAAGAGGAAGCAAGGAGGAGAGAGGAAGAAAGGAGAAGAGAGGAAGAGGCGGCCAAGCGACAAGAAGAAGAGAGGAGGAGACGCGAGGAAGAAGAAACUGAGAGAAGAAGGAAAGAAGAAGAGGAGGCAAGAAAGAGAGAAGAAGAGAGGAAAAGAGAAGAGGAGGAGGCUAAGAAACGAGAAGAAGAGAGGAGAAAACACGAAGAGGAAGAAGAAGAGGCGAGAAAGAGAGAAGAAGAAAGGAAGAGAGAAGAGAGGAGAAAACACGAAGAGGAAGAAGAAGAGGCGAGAAAGAGAGAAGAAGAAAGGAAGAGAGAAGAGGAAAUGGCUAAGAGGCAAGAGGAGGAAAUGAAGAGACGUGAGAAAGAAGCAGAAGAGGCGAGAAAGAGAGAAGAAGAAAGGGAGAAAGAAGAGGAAAUGGCUAAAAGACGAGAGGAAGAGAGGCAGAGGAAGGAGAAAGAAGAAGUGGAGAGAAAGAGACGUGAGGAACAAGAAAGAAAGAAACGUGAAGAGCAGAGAGAGAGUGAAGAAGAAGCAGCUAAAAGAGCAGAGGAGGAACGAAGACGACGAGAAGAAGAAGAAGAGAAGCGAAAGCCGCCGCCGCAGCCACAACCUCCGACCACUGAAUAGGACUAUAGGAGUCUUAAACGCUGCAGUAUUGGUGAAGGUCGAAAUUCUCGUUUUCAUGACUUGCUUGAGUGGUUGUCUUUUUUCUUUUGUUGUAUGUUUUGAUUUUUUUAAAUCAAGGCUGAGAAAUAAUCUAAAAUAAAGGCUUACAUUCACUAUAAAUGUUUAACUUGGCUUUAAAAAAAU